AUGAGUGCUCCGCAGCAGAACGAGGCGGAAAAGAAUAUUGAGAUAUGGAAAGUCAAGAAACUCAUCAAGCGCCUGGAAGCAGCGAGAGGCAAUGGAACCUCCAUGAUAUCACUCAUUAUUCCCCCCAAAGACCAAGUUUCUCGGGCAGCUAAGAUGUUGGCCGACGAGUUUGGCACAGCCUCGAAUAUCAAGUCGCGAGUCAACCGUCUAUCUGUUUUAUCAGCCAUCACGUCCACCCAGCAGCGUCUCAAGUUGUACACGAAAGUGCCUCCUAACGGCCUUGUUGUCUACUGCGGCGAAAUUAUCACGUCUGAAGGAAAAGAACGCAAGAUCAAUAUCGACUUCGAACCUUUCAAGCCCAUCAAUACCUCACUCUACCUAUGCGACAACAAGUUUCAUACAGAGGCACUUAGUGAACUGCUCGAAUCAGAUCAAAAGUUUGGCUUCAUCAUCAUGGACGGAAAUGGCGCUCUGUUUGGCACACUGAGCGGCAAUACAAGAGAUGUGGUACACAAAUUCUCGGUCGACCUACCGAAGAAGCAUGGUCGUGGUGGACAGUCAGCACUACGAUUUGCGCGGCUACGUGAAGAAAAGCGCCACAACUAUGUGCGGAAGGUGGCCGAAUUGGCUGUUCAAAACUUCAUCAGCAACGACAAGGUCAAUGUGGCAGGUCUCAUUCUUGCGGGUUCCGCUGAUUUCAAGAACGAUCUGAACCAGUCUGACAUGUUUGAUAAUCGUCUCUCAACUAAAGUCAUCAAAGUCGUCGAUGUGUCAUAUGGUGGAGAAAACGGAUUCAAUCAGGCCAUCGAACUCGCUGCAGAAACAUUGAGCAAUGUAAAAUUCAUUCAGGAAAAGAAAUUAAUUGGGAAGUACUUUGAAGAGAUCAGCCAGGACAGCGGAAAAGUAUGCUACGGUGUGGACGACACAUUGAAGGCGCUCGAGCUCGGUGCCGCGGAGACGUUGAUCGUCUAUGAAAAUCUUGACGUUACCCGCUGGGUUUUAAAGUCAUCAGAUGGAGUGGAAAGAAUUCUCCAUACCACAAAGACUCAAGAAGCAGACCGAGAACAAUUCAUGGACAAGGAAACGGGACAAGAAAUGGAGAUUGUUGACCAAGGCUCUUUCCUUGAGUGGCUCGCUGAAAAGUACAAAGAUUUUGGGGCCAAUCUUGAAUUUGUUUCAGACCGAUCCAGCGAAGGUAAUCAGUUUGUUAAAGGUUUCGGAGGGAUAGGUGCCAUUCUGCGCUACAAGGUCAAUUUUGAACAACUCGCUGAUUUUGAUGACGAAGAUGAAUUCUAUGAUGAGAGCGAGGAAGAAUCUCCAAAGAUCCAACACACGGCAUCUUUGACGGCUCUUCCGGCUCGGCAAAAUGCAAGUGACUCACCAGGGUCUCCAUCAGCUGGGACUCCGAUAUUGCCGGGAAAGCGCACAGUUAAGCCACCAGCCACGCAGGAACUCGACCUUGUGCACGGUCGUUCCAGCCUUCGCCACGUGGAAAUGGUCUGA